UAGAGGCGAGCGCGCAGCCAGACCGCCGGCAGCUGGAGUGGGCUCACCUGCGGCAGGUGCUCCGGCAGGUGCUCCGGGCCGACGCGACCUGGACGAGCGAGGACCGGCACUGUGGGAAGAUGCUGCGCGAGCGGACCGUGCGGCUGCAGUACGGGAGCCGCGUGGAGGCGGUGUACGUGCUGGGCACUUACCUCUGGACCGAUGUCUACAGCGCGGCCCCCGCCGAGGCCCGGACCUUCAGCCUGAAGCACUCCGAGCGCGUGCGCGUGGAAGUGGUGCGCGACGGGCAGGCCGAGGAGGUGGCGACCAACGGCAAACAGCGCUGGCCUCUGUCACCCAGCACCACGCUGCGGGUCACCAUGAGCCAGGCGAGCGCUGAGGCCAGCAGUGACAAGGUCACUGUCAACUACUAUGAGGAGGAGGGGACUAUGCCCAUUGACCAGGCUGGGCUCUUCCUCACAGCCAUCGAGAUCUCCCUGGAUGUGGAUGCAGACCGGGACGGUGUGGUAGAGAAGAACAACCCGGGAAAGGCAUCCUGGACCUGGGGCCCUGAGGGCCAGGGGGCCAUCCUGCUGGUGAACUGUGACCGAGACACGCCCUGGCUGCCCAAGGAGGACUUGAACCAUGAGAAGGUCUACAGCAAGGAAGACCUCAAGGACAUGUCCCAGAUGAUCCUGCGGACCAAAGGCCCUGAGCGCCUCCCCGCCGGAUACGAGAUAGUUCUCUACAUUUCCAUGGCGGACUCGGACAAAGUGGGCGUGUUCUACGUGGAGAACCCGUUUUUCGGCCAACGUUACAUCCACAUCCUGGGCCGGCGGAAACUCUACCACGUGGUCAAGUACACGGGCGGCUCGGCGGAGCUGCUGUUCUUUGUGGAAGGCCUGCGCUUCCCCGAUGAGGGCUUCCCAGGCCUGGUCUCCAUCCACGUCAGCCUGCUGGAGUACAUGACCGAGGAGAUUCCCCUGACGCCCAUUUUCACGGACACCGUGAUAUUCCGGAUUGCUCCAUGGAUCAUGACCCCCAACAUCUUGCCUCCCGUGUCGGUGUUCGUGUGCUGCAUGAAGGACAAUUACUUGUUCUUGAAAGAGGUGAAGAACCUGGUGGAGAAAACCAACUGCGAACUGAAGGUCUGCUUCCAGUAUAUGAACCGAGGGGACCGCUGGAUCCAGGAUGAAGUUGAGUUUGGCUACAUAGAGGCCCCCCACAAAGGCUUCCCCGUGGUAUUGGACUCCCCCCGAGAUGGAAACCUGAAGGACUUCCCAGUGAAGCAGCUUCUGGGCCCAGAUUUUGGCUACGUGACCCGGGAGCCCCUCUUCGAGUCUGUCACCAGCCUUGAUUCCUUUGGGAACCUGGAGGUCAGUCCACCAGUGACUGUGAACGGCAAGGCCUACCCCCUGGGCCGGAUUCUCAUCGGGAGCAGCUUUCCUCUGUCCGGCGGUCGGAGGAUGACCAAGGUGGUGCGGGACUUCCUGCAGGCCCAGCAGGUGCAGGCGCCCGUGGAACUCUACUCAGACUGGCUGACUGUGGGCCAUGUGGACGAGUUCAUGACCUUCGUCCCCAUCCCGGGCAAAAAGGAAUUCCGAAUGCUCAUGGCCAGUACCGCAGCCUGCUACAAGCUCUUUCGAGAGAAGCAGAAGAAGGGCCACGGGGAGGCCGUCAUGUUUAAAGGCCUGGGCGGUAUGAGCAGCAAGAGAAUCACCAUCAACAAGAUUCUAUCCAACGAGAGCCUCGUGCAAGAAAACCUGUACUUCCAGCGUUGCCUGGACUGGAACCGUGACAUCCUCAAGAAGGAGCUGGGGCUGACGGAGCAGGACAUCAUUGAUCUGCCCGCCCUGUUCAAGAUGGACGAGGACUGCCAGGCCAGAGCCUUCUUCCCAAACAUGGUGAACAUGAUUGUGCUGGACAAGGACCUGGGCAUCCCUAAGCCGUUCGGGCCCCAGGUGGAGGAGGUGUGCUGCCUGGAGACGCACGUGCGCUCCCUGCUGGAGCCCCUGGGCCUCUGCUGCACCUUCUUGGACGACAUCUCAGCCUACCACAAGUUUCUGGGGGAGGUGCACUGUGGCACCAACGUCCGCAGGAAGCCCUUCUCCUUCAAGUGGUGGCACAUGGUGCCCUGAGCAACCGGGGCGGGGGCUGUGCUGUGCGGGUCUCAGCCCAUCAGUAACCAAGAUUGUGGUGGGACCAGCCCUCAUGGUUCUUAUGAUUGCAAGAUGUUCUUCAGCAAUAACGGUCAGGAAACUUUGGGGGGGGAGGGUGGAGAAAAGGAUGAUUAUUUCCAGGACCUGGAAAUUGCACGGCACACCUGGGGCCACACAGCAAAGUCGCAGAGAGAGAGAGACAGCCCAAGCCUGGGGUUCUGCUUUUUGGGCAGUGGAGGGUGGGGGCCGGGGGUUUUGCCACCGGCGGGGAGUGGGGUAUGAGGAAAAUCGAGGGGCUCAAAUGGUCAGCUUUAGAAACCAGCCAAGAUUUCUAAAACGAAGGAGCCUGGGGCAGGAGGAAGCCUGGCAUUUUAUCUAGUCCUGUGGCUGGCAACAAACAUGCUUAUUGGAGAUGGCUUUCUUUGAAGUGGAUACCUCGCAAUCAAAGCCCAAGUGAGGCACUUGCAUUACCAAAAAGAGAAAACACACACAACUGGGGCCUUGGCACCUCCCUCCUUCCUUCUCUAGACCCCUGGAACCGCCCCCCAGAGCUUCCCCCUGCCUGCAAAGGACUUGACAAGGACUAGACUGUCCCCACCAGGCCUCCAGGAAAGGGGAAGGGACCUGAGACAUCUGUGCCUUGCCAUCUCUCAGAAGGGCCCCAGCGUCCACCAAAGUCACCCCCGAUGAACCUCAACUUGGUACUUCCUGAAAAGAGCUGUGCCUUUGGCCAGCCUCUGUAUAGCCCUAACACGAAAAACCAAGAAACAAAAACUCUGUACCCAAACCAUUCCCCAAAGAGUGCUUAGUCUCUUGUCCAAAAUUGAAGGAGGGGAGAAGGG